AUGGAGGAGUUUUCUGAGGUGAGCACUGGCGCCAUUCAGAGUGUGAAGUCUACGAUGUCGAACUUGGAGGGGAAGAUCGGAGAGCUGGAGCAGAACUUACAGGACCCGAAAGCUGCUGCCCAAACAUCGGUGUUGCUGCUGCUGGGGGCUGUGCAUGACAAGGUGGGCGCUGGACAGAUGCAGCAGCUGAAGAGCAUUGUGGGAGCUGAACAGAUGCAGCAGGUGAAGACCACUGCGCAGCUCACCAGUUACGAGCAACAGCUCCGGGAAAAGGCCCCGGCAGCACAACUGCAAGGGCCAGACUCUCAGGGAGUCACGGACUUGCCAUGGGAUUUCGGGGUCGAAGGGCUCAAGGCAGUACUGGCUGCCCUGGAAGGCAAACUGACGAACUGCGAACAGGCCUUGCAAGAGAAGGUGGAUGCUGCUUGGGCUGCCCAGUUGGCGAAGACUCAAAGCUGCAUACACACUCCUGAGGUGGGCAACAUCGAGCGUGGCGUAUGGGAAGGCAUGGACUGUGUGCAGGGAUUGGAAGGUGCCUUGACCACAUUGAAGGGCCAGGUCGCCACGGUGGAGCACAACCUGCAGGAGAAGGUGUGCAGCGAGGACGUGCAGCGCUUGGGUGAUGUUGUGAUCUCCUUGAAGGGAAAGGUCGGAUCGCUGGAGCAGAAUUUCCGGCAGGGCGCAGAGCAUGUCACAGACGUGGAGGGCGCGGUGGUGAGCAUUGGGAAGCAGCUGGCCACUGUGAAGCAGGCCUUGGACUUCCUCGACUGCCCGGGGGAGCACUUCGAGCCUCGCUGGAGCUCCUUCCAGGCACUGCUCCCGGCAUCCGUGACGCCGGAGACGCCGCUGUCGGAGGCACAGCUGAACGAGGCUGCGGACCUGGUCGACACACUGGAGGAGGUGGACUGGGCCGAGGUGGUCUCCGCCUUCAGCAGCCGUUUGCGGGGCGAGCUCACCACUGAGCAGCUGGGUGGCUUUUGCUUGUUUGGAGCGGUCACUGCUUAUACUGUGGUCGCCUAUCACCUGGCCAGGGGUGCGGGAGAUGAUCCAAUCCCCUCGACAGCGAAGAAUCUCUUGGCCCGAUCUUUGAUGAUCCUGGCGAAAAAGCAGGUGAACGACUUCCUGGAAUCCUCGUGGUGGCCGGUGCGCUCGCUGGACGUGGUGGCCUUGCUGGAGCUCGAGGACUUCCAACAGGUGCGAAACCUUCGUUUUGAGAUGCCCUGCUGGCUCCGCCUGGGCUGCAGCCGGCCGGAUAUGGAGGAGCGGGCAUUGCUUCCUCCAGCACCGCCUUUGGAGGCCUCGUGGCCAUCCAACGUCGUGGCCGUUGGACUUCACACGACUUCGACCUUGGAGGUGGUCACGGCCUUGAGGGACGCCAUCACGGAGUCAUGGGGCCGGGGAGGAGCUGGAGGAGCACCCUUCAACAUCCAGUAUGCCGGACAUCCUUGCCCGUCGCACUCCGGGAGCGAACACCACUGCGCCAUGCGCUGUGAGCUCCUUGGCAUUUGCAGUGCGGCAGAGGAUGCCGCCGACGCCCUGGCGGAGUUUGUGGCUGGUGCAGUGGACGUGGCAAAAUUCGAGGAACGACGCUUGGACCGGAGUCGUUGUGUGUGUGUCGUGCGACAUGGGCAUUGGUUCGGUUUGGUCGGAGGUUUCUUGAGGUCAUAUCCCUGCUUGUAUUCUGCCUAG